UUCGGCUGAGUCUCGCUAAUAAAAGACCAGUCAGUGGAGUUUCCGCUCAUAAACACACAAAAAAUAAAGUAAACCUCUUUUGGACUGGCAGCCGGAGACGCGGAGCGAUGAACCUGAAUUUCACGUCCCCGUUACACCAGGUUUCUGCCCAGCGACCGACCUCUUUCUUCAUCGAAGAUAUUUUACUGCAUAAACCCAAGCCCGUAAGAGAAGCCCCUCCCGUGUCCUAUGCCAGUUCCUUGGCAUCCCGCGUCCCGUUGCUGGAGUAUGGAUACCCUCUCAUGCCAACUCCGACCAUCCUGGCACCUCAUCCUCAUCACCCACUCCACAAGCCGGAGCACCAUCACCCUUAUUUUCUAACGUCACCUGUAGGGAUGCACAUGCCGGCUCUCUUCCAACACCCCCCUGAGCUUCCAGGUAAACACUGCAGGCGGCGGAAAGCCCGGACCGUCUUCUCCGACUCACAGCUCUCGGGGCUGGAGAAACGAUUCGAGAUCCAGCGCUAUCUGUCAACCCCAGAGAGAGUGGAACUGGCGUCCGCACUGAGUCUCUCGGAGACCCAGGUGAAAACGUGGUUCCAGAAUCGAAGAAUGAAACAUAAAAAGCAGUUAAGAAAGUCUCGAGAUGAUCACGGUCAGAAAAACUCACCCACCGAGGAGCAGCGCCUCGACUCUAGCGUCAGCGAGACAGAAAUAGCCCCGGCAAAUUCCAUGGAGAUAAAGUCUUUAGGCAGCCAGAACACCUUUCUGAUAGAGGGUCACGAAGAUGAUGUGGAUAUUAUUGAAGACGAUGAUAUUUGCUCUACUGAGCAUAUAGCGUAAAAUAAGAUUAAAAACUUAAGAUCCCGAAAUACACCAGAACGAGCUACUGAUCACACGGGAAAUACUUUGAGACUGUUGGAUUUGUCAGGCUGCCGGGCGGAAGAUUUCAGUAACCCCGCCGACCUGACACGCCAA